AUGCAUGUCGUCGCUCCUCCUCGCCAUUGGCUGUUCCGCCUCGAGCCGCGAGCAGCAGCUCGGCGACAGGCGAUAAGGUCGCUCUUCCGGUCGCCGCCGGAAGAAGUGACCUCAGCGCCGGGCCGCACCGCCCAGCCGACCCACGACUUGCCGGAUGGAGCUACCGAGUCCAGGCAGCCCCUGCAAUCCCUGCAGCCCCUGCAGUCCCUGCAGCCCCUGCAGCCCCUGCAGCCCCUGCAGCCCCUGCAGUCCCUGCAGUCCCUGCAGCCCCUGCAGUCCCUGCAGCCCCUGCAGCCCCUGCAGUCCCUGCAGCCCCUGCAGCCCCUGCAGUCCCUGCAGCCCCUGCAGCCCCUGCAGCCCCUGCAGCCCCUGCAGCCCCUGCAGUCCCUGCAGCCCCUGCAGUCCCUGCAGUCCCUGCAAUCCCUGCAGCCCCUGCAGCCCCUGCAGUCCCUGCAGCCCCUGCAGUCCCUGCAGUCCCUGCAGUCCCUGCAGCCCCUGCAGCCCCUGCAGUCCCUGCAGUCCCUGCAGCCCCUGCAGCCCCUGCAGCCCCUGCAGCCCCUGCAGCCCCUGCAGUCCCUGCAGCCCCUGCAGCCCCUGCAGCCCCUGCAGUCCCUGCAGCCCCUGCAGUCCCUGCAGUCCCUGCAGCCCCUGCAGUCCCUGCAGCCCCUGCAGUCCCUGCAGUCCCUGCAGCCCCUGCAGUCCCUGCAGUCCCUGCAGUCCCUGCAGUCCCUGCAGCCCCUGCAGCCCCUGCAGCCCCUGCAGCCCCUGCAGUCCCUGCAGUCCCUGCAGUCCCUGCAGCCCCUGCAGUCCCUGCAGUCCCUGCAGUCCCUGCAGCCCCUGCAGUCCCUGCAGCCCCUGCAGUCCCUGCAGUCCCUGCAGCCCCUGCAGCCCCUGCAGUCCCUGCAGUCCCUGCAGUCCCUGCAGUCCCUGCAGUCCCUGCAGUCCCUGCAGCCCCUGCAGUCCCUGCAGCCCCUGCAGCCCCUGCAGUCCCAGCGACUCUACCCUACCGGACUCCGCGGGCGGGAGGUUGGCAGCACUGCGCGCCGGCCCACUGGAGCGCGCUUCCCGCGCCGCGCGACCGGAAGUGGCUGUUAG